AACUUUGCCCCUCCUUUACGCCAAAUACGUGUCCUUAUAUCUGAAUCUACACCACUAUUAUAGAUUCACCUUCUUUGAGAAGCCCCUAUUUGGAGAGAGGAAAAUUCAGGCUACUUAUGACCCUCUUAUUUUUUUUAGACGGAGUUUUCGCUCUUGUUGCCCAGGCUAGAGUGCAAUGGCGCGAUCUCGGCUCACCGCAACCUCCGCCUCCCGGGUUGAAGCGACUCUCCUGCCUCAGCCUCCCGAGUAGCUGGGAUUACAGGCAUGCGCCACCACGCCCAGCUAAUUUUGUAUUUUUAGUAGAGACGGGGUUUCUCCAUAUUGGUCAGGCUGGUUUCAAACCCCCGGCCUCAGCCUCAGGUGAUCCGCCCGCCUCGGCCUCCCAAAGUGGUGGGGUUACAGGCGUGAGCCAUCAAACACGGCUCCUCUUCUUUCUGGAUAUGGCUAUCUCAGACGGCCAGAGGCCUCGGAAAGGCUUCCGGUUUCCCAGCAGGCCAGAGUGGGGCUGAACUUCCGGCCUCAGGACGCAGGCGCGGGCCGCUCAUUUGGCUCUUUCCGGCGGUGCUCGCAAGCCAGGUAGCCAUGUCUUAUCCCGCUGAUGAUUAUGAGUCUGAGGCAGCUUAUGACCCCUACGCUUAUCCCAGCGACUAUGAUAUGCACACAGGAGAUCCAAAGCAGGACCUUGCUUAUGAACGUCAGUAUGAACAGCAAACCUAUCAGGUGAUCCCUGAGGUGAUCAAAAACUUCAUCCAGUAUUUCCACAAAACUGUCUCAGAUUUGAUUGACCAGAAAGUGUAUGAGCUACAGGCCAGUCGUGUCUCCAGUGAUGUCAUUGACCAGAAGGUGUAUGAGAUCCAGGACAUCUAUGAGAACAGCUGGACCAAGCUGACUGAAAGAUUCUUCAAGAAUACUCCUUGGCCGGAGGCUGAAGCCAUUGCUCCACAGGUUGGCAAUGAUGCUGUCUUCCUGAUUUUAUACAAAGAAUUAUACUACAGGCACAUAUAUGCCAAAGUCAGUGGGGGACCUUCCUUGGAGCAGAGGUUUGAAUCCUAUUACAACUACUGCAAUCUCUUCAACUACAUUCUUAAUGCCGAUGGUCCUGCUCCCCUUGAACUACCCAAUCAGUGGCUCUGGGAUAUCAUCGAUGAGUUCAUCUACCAGUUUCAGUCAUUCAGUCAGUACCGCUGUAAGACUGCCAAGAAGUCAGAGGAGGAGAUUGACUUUCUUCGUUCCAAUCCCAAAAUCUGGAAUGUUCACAGUGUCCUCAAUGUCCUUCAUUCCCUGGUAGACAAAUCCAACAUCAACCGACAGUUGGAGGUAUACACAAGCGGAGGUGACCCCGAGAGUGUGGCUGGGGAGUAUGGGCGGCACUCCCUCUACAAAAUGCUUGGUUACUUCAGCCUGGUCGGGCUUCUCCGCCUGCACUCCCUGUUAGGAGAUUACUACCAGGCCAUCAAGGUGCUGGAGAACAUCGAACUGAACAAGAAGAGUAUGUAUUCCCGUGUGCCAGAGUGCCAGGUCACCACAUACUAUUAUGUUGGGUUUGCAUAUUUGAUGAUGCGUCGCUACCAGGAUGCCAUCCGGGUCUUCGCCAACAUCCUCCUCUACAUCCAGAGGACCAAGAGCAUGUUCCAGAGGACCACGUACAAGUAUGAAAUGAUUAACAAGCAGAACGAGCAGAUGCAUGCGCUGCUGGCCAUUGCCCUCACGAUGUACCCCAUGCGUAUUGAUGAGAGCAUUCACCUCCAGCUGCGGGAGAAAUACGGGGACAAGAUGCUGCGCAUGCAGAAAGGUGACCCACAAGUCUAUGAAGAACUUUUCAGUUACUCCUGCCCCAAGUUCCUGUCGCCUGUAGUGCCCAACUAUGAUAAUGUGCACCCCAACUACCACAAAGAGCCCUUCCUGCAGCAGCUGAAGGUGUUUUCCGAUGAAGUACAGCAGCAGGCCCAGCUUUCAACCAUCCGCAGCUUCCUCAAGCUCUACACCACCAUGCCUGUGGCCAAGCUGGCUGGCUUCCUGGACCUCACAGAGCAGGAGUUCCGGAUCCAGCUUCUUGUCUUCAAACACAAGAUGAAGAACCUGGUGUGGACCAGUGGCAUCUCAGCCUUGGAUGGUGAAUUUCAGUCAGCCUCAGAGGUUGACUUCUACAUUGAUAAGGACAUGAUCCACAUCGCGGACACCAAGGUCGCCAGGCGUUACGGGGAUUUCUUCAUCCGUCAGAUCCACAAAUUUGAGGAGCUUAAUCGAACCCUGAAGAAGAUGGGACAGAGACCUUGAUGACAUUCACACGCAUUCAGGAACCUGUUUUGAUAUAUUAUAGGCAGGAAGUAUUUUUGCUACCGUGAAACCUUUACCUAGAUCAGCCAUCAGCCUGUCAACUCAGUUAAUAAGUUAAGGACCGAAGUGUUUCAAGUGGAUCUCAGUAAAGGAUCUUUGGAGCCAGA